GGGGGACAACCCACCAAUGGAAACACUUGCCAAGCGGACAGCGAAGAGAAGACUCUACCUCGGAUGUCGUCACCCAUCAAUGAAGAAAACACCACUACGCAAGACUCCUUCGGCAGGAAGGAGGAAGAUCCCGACUGCGCCGGGAUCGGUCGGUAAGCAAAAGGUUGUAACGGACAACCUUCGUGAUUUGGAAAACAUGAACGUAGUGGAACUGAAGCGGAUUUGCCUAGCAGAGGGUGUGGAAUAUGAAGGGAAAAAGAUGCAAGUGAUUUUAGCUAUUACUGAGAAGCGUACACAGGAUGCGUAUGGAGAGGAGGAGGUGAGGGGUUUGGACGAGGGAGUUGGGGGAAAUCAGACUGAUGAGGCUGUGGACAAGGAACUGAUGCGAAAAGCGAAUCAUGAACUAAGAGUAUCGCACCUGCUGGUAGGUGCAACUCCUGGAUGUUCGCUCGUUGGAGGCUUGAGCACGGAUGUGGCUGCUACGGGGUUCCCCAUAGUACUAUAAUGACAAUAAAAAAGGCCUGAAAGA